GGGUCAAGGGUCUUUAUCAGAAAUAACUAUUAUAUGGGGGUCAUUUCAUAAUUUCCAUAAAUUCCCCCGAAAAAAAAUAAAUAACAAUUCACGAUUAUUUGAUUUGGCUGUUCUGACCACCCAAACCCUCACCCUCUGUUUUCUCCUUCCUCGCAUAUUUUCUCUCUCUGCAUCUCUCGAUUGCUCUCGCAAACCCUAAUUCUCGCUCUAUCUAUAUUCAAACAUAUCUGUAUACAUCUCCCAAUUCGCUUUCGAAAUCUGGUUCACUCUGCAAUUCUCGUAUUGAUUCACUUCUCUCUCCUCCUCUCUCUCUCUCUCGUUCUCGUUCUCGGCGGCGUACUUUUAUUCUUGUGCUUUUUUCUGUGUGUGUUUCGGUUGAGGUUUGUGAUUGGUUGCUGAUUUUCUCUGUGAUACCGAUUUAACCUAAUGGCGGAAAGCAAGCUAGAUCUCCCGGAGGAUCUCAUCACAUCUAAGCCGUCCGAUCAAUCGUGGAUUCCGAAAGCUUCCAUGGGAAAUGAUGAGGACAAGGGGUUGGUGGGUUUACUGGAUGAAUCCAAAGAUGGAGCAGUGUCUGAGAGCAUCCCAUUGUCUCCGCAGUGGCUGUAUACCAAGCCAAAUGAACCAAAAAUGGAUACCCGUGGGCCAAGUUCUCUGUCUCUUGGUAGCUCUGCUGAUUUGAAUCAGAAGGAGGUAUGGCGUGGAGAUGCAGCUGAAGAGAAAAAAGAUUGGAAAAGGGUUGCUUCAGAACCUGAUAAUGGUCGCCGCUGGCGUGAAGAAGAAAGGGAAACUGGACUGCUUGGUCGAAGGGACCGCAGGAAGACGGAAAGACGGGUUGACAAUGCUCCAGUCAGAGAAACAACUGACAAUAGAUCCUUACCUGCUGCUGACAGGUGGCUUGAUGCAAGUAAUCGCAAUUCUGGGCAUGAAACAAGGCGCGAUAGCAAAUGGUCUGUAAGGUGGGGUCCUGAUGACAAAGAGAAGGAUGCUCGGGUGGAGAAGAGGACAGAUGUUGAGAAGGAAGAGUCACUUGGUGAAAGCCAAUCUGUUGUUUCGAAUAGCCGUUCUGUUGCUGAACGUGAUUCAGAUACUCGUGAUAAGUGGAGGCCUAGGCACAGGAUGGAGGCAAAUCCAGGUGGCCCUGUUUCUUAUCGUGCUGCUCCAGGAUUUGGGCCCGAAAGGGGACGGGCUGAGGGCUCCAAUGUGGGCUUUACUGUAGGGCGUGGCAGAUCCAGUGUUUCAGCUGUAAGACCUCCAUCUGCAGGUCCAGGUCCAAUUGGUGCUGCUCAAUAUGACAAAAGCGGAGAUACUCUUGGAAAACCAAGCCUCUCCGUUGAGAGGUUUGUUUACCCGAGAGGCAAACUACUUGACAUAUACCGUAAGCAAAAGCUGGAUUCAUCCUUGGCUCACAUGCCCGACAAUUUGGAGGAAGUUCCCCCGAUAACUCAGUUAGAUGUUGUUGAACCUUUAGCUUUUGUUGUUCCUGAUGCUGAGCAGGAAGCCACUCUAAAUGAUAUAUGGAAGGGUAAACUGAUGAGUAGUGAAGCCUCAUACAGUUCAUUUAAGAAGGGUAGAUCCAUGGAUAAUAUUUCAGAUGUGGGAGACCUUGAAUCCACAAAUGGAAGACAGGCUUCCCUCUCUGCUGAUUUCACCAAGGAGAUACCAAAUGACCUUCAGAAAGCUUCAGUGGAUUUUCAUGAAGCUAGUGCUGACAGCAUCUUCUACAAUAAUAUACUAAAUACAGAAAGAAAUGCUGACCGUGAAGGAAAGUAUGAAGUUUCCGAUGCGAUGAAUGGAAGAGAACUGGAAAUUGGUAGUUUACAAGCUCUAAAGGGUGCACAGUUUGAUGCCUUUAAACUGAAUGUUGCAGAUUCUGCUGUUAACCAGUUUGGCAGCGUGAAAACUGCCCCAUCAUUUGUUGUUACAAGCAAACUUCCUGAUGAGUCAAACUCCCUUUUUGCCAUGCCAACAUCAGGGCAGUAUUGGGAAGGCCGGCAUCAUGAGAUUGAAAGCAGAGGCAAUGAAUAUCAGUUAGACAGACGAAUUCCUGCAGAGGAAAUGAGUUUGUUCUAUCAGGAUCCUCAAGGGGAAAUCCAGGGACCGUUUCUUGGAGUGGACAUCAUAUCAUGGUUUGAUCAAGGGUUUUUCGGGACUGAUCUACCUGUCCGCUUAGAAGAUGCUCCUGACGAGUCACCCUUUCAUGAAUUGGGAGAUGUUAUGCCUCACUUGAAAUUUCGACAUGAAUAUGAUAGUGGAACUGAUUUAAAUUCCAAUCUAGAAAAAUCAAUUGCAAUGGAGGGUAUAUCAGAACCAAGCUUACAAUCUGGUGUUCCUGUUCCUCAAUCUAUGCCCUCUAAUGCAGCUGAGCGCUCAGGCUGGCACUUGUCUGAUUUUGAUUCUCUCUCUGCACAUAAUGUUCAGUCAAAAGCAUCUGAACAUCAACGUAAUAUGUCACAACACAUGUACUCUCAAGGAGAAGAUUUCCGUGAUUUUGGUGCCCAAGACGAAGAAAUCGUGUUUCCUGGGAGACCUGGAAGUGGUGGUUCUGCUAUGGGGAAGAUUCCCAGAGGAUAUGGUGAACCCUCUACAAAUACUGGCACCCAGUCUUACAUGACUAAUGAAAUGACUGAGUUUGGUGUCCCUAAUCAGAAAGAUGGUAAGUUGCAUCCUCUUGGUUUAUUGUGGUCUGAGCUUGAAAGUACAUAUGGUAGGAAUGAUCAGACACUUCCGUUUGGUGGAGUUGCACAAGAGAAACUUGUGAACCCUCUAUCUGGAAGGCAUGCCUCUUUUGGUGCAAUGGCUGAUCAAACUCAUGCUCCUGAGACAUGGAAUGAUGUUUAUGGAAGCAACUCACUUUCCGAAUCCAACUUGUAUCGAGAUGGCAUGGAUGCCCGCCAUUCUUCAAGAAUGGACCAAGACUUUAACCAUUUUGAUUUAGUAGAUAAGCUGCCUCAGCAACUUCAGCAGCAGCAGCAUAUUCAGGCACAUAACAUGAUGUCACCUCAUAAUACGCACUUGAAUGAAGCGAUACUACAUGCGGGUCCAAGUUCAAAAUUGAUGCACCACAAACAGCUAGCCAAUCAAACGGGGCAAGAUGUGGAACACAUUUUGGCGCUCCAGAUGCAGCAGCAGAGGCAACUGCAAAUUCAACAACAGCAGCAGCAGAUAGAACAGCAACAGCAAUUCCAUCAACAGCAAAUGUUGAAAGAGCAACAGCAGCAGUCUCAGGCCAGGCAGAUCCUUCUUGAGCAGCUUUUGCAGAGCCAAAUGCGCGAGUCUGGUCGUGGACAGUCACGUAUUGACGCUCUUAGAUCGAACGCUGCUCUUGAACAGGUCAUACUGAAGCAACAAAUCCUAAAUGAUCUGCAACAACGUUCCCAAUUUCCUUCGAGGCAUUCUGACCCAUCUCUCGAGCAGUUGGUUCAAGCAAAAUAUGGUCAAAUGCCUCAUCAAGCGCAUCAAAAUGAUUUACUAGAACUCUUAUCCCGUGGAAGGCAUGGACAAAUCCACCCCCUUGAACAACAGAUUCUUCAGCAAGAUCAGCUGCAUGGUAGGCAGUUGGGGCUGAGGCAGCGAUUGGAGAUGGAAGAAGAAAGGCAACUGAAUCCUGGUUGGCCGCAUGACGAAGCUAGUCACUUCCACAGAAAUCCCGCUUCUCAUAGAGCUAUUUCUGCUGGAUUCGGCCCUAUGGAUUUUUAUUCGCAACAAAAACCGCCUUUGGAGGACCAUCUCCGCCACCUCGAUCGCAAUCUUUCAGUACAAGAUAGACUUCAACAACUUGGUCAUUAUGACCCUGGUAUGUUGCCCUUUGAGCGCUCAAUGUCGUUGCCUGGUGGUGGCGCUGGGGUAAAUCGUGAUGUGAAUUCCAUGGCCCGUGCACAAGGUUUAGAAAUGCAGGAGCAGAUUGCACGGAUGCACCAUGGUGGUCAAGUUGGUGGUGGUUUUUCAUCUGGUGUUCAUUCCCACCCUUUAAUUCCGAAUCAGUUCCAUGGUUCACGCUUGGACUCAGUGGAAGGUCAUUUGCCUGAGAAUAAUAGUCAGUUAUCAAAUGACUGGAUGGAGUCUAGGAUUCAACAGCUACAUCUUCACAAUGAGAGGCAGAGAAGGGAAUUGGAAGCCAAGAGGAAUACCGAAGAUCCUAGUUUGUGGAUGUCGGCUGGAGCACAUGACGACAGUUCAAAGCGUUUGCUGAUGGAACUGCUGCAUCAGAAAUCUGGCCAACAAUCGAACGAACAGUUUGAUGUAACUAAUGGAACACCUCAUGAGAGAAGGCCACCGUCAGGUCAUUAUUCUGGGACAAACAUGAUUCCGAACCAUCCAUUUGGUGGGCUUUCGGAUCAAGAGUCGGGUUUCAACAACUCAUUCAAUGUUGGGUCUUAUGGUUCUGAUUCUGGUGUACCACCACCUCAGAAUCGACUCUCUGAGGGGAUAACCAAUGUUAUGGAAAUUGGUGGAUUCCCUUAUAGAUCUAAUGCUGGACCAUUAGUUGAUGGCAAGCCAUUUGUUUCGGACAUUGAUGAGAACUCUCAGGUAAUCCCUGAUAAUUCUAGCAUGAAAAAUAAGGCAGCCAAAAAACUAACUCUGUCUAAUGUGGAAGAAAACAAAAGAGUGCUCAUAAAUGAAGGUAACAUUCAGGGAAUAAUUUCAGAGGCCCAAGAAGGCGUAGCUGGCAUGGUGUCUGUUGAAAGAGGGGAGAUGCCGGUCACUGUCCUUAGCAGGAAUAAGUCUGGAUCUGCUGUUUUUCACAAUGAGAAGAUUGGAUCAGGCGAUUCUCUAUUGGAGGAUGCUUCUAAGGAUAGGUUGCGAUCUUCAAGUUCAAAAGGACCAGAAAACGUGUUGCUGAGGCGUCCACCUGUUUCACGAGCUGCAUCUUCUCAAGAAGGGUUGUCUGAACUGACUGCUGAUCCAGUUGCUAGGGGGAAAAAUCUUUCAAAUACUCUACCUUCUGAAGGGGUGAGGAGAGAACAGGGAGGUAAUAAUGCCGGAAACAUGGAAACAACCGGAAGAAGAGACGCUGCGCAGUUUAGAAGAACAUCGUCGUGUAAUGAUGCUGAUGUAUUGGAGACAUCAUUCAGUGACAUGCUUAAAAGCAAUAAUACCAAAAAGGCAGCAUCGUCAUCAUCACAAGAAACAACUGGUAAUGCGUCGGCAGAUUUGUCUUCGGAUGGAAUGUUGGCUGCUGCUCGGAACAACAAAAAGAAGGGUAAAAAAGGUAGGCAGAUUGAUCCUGCUCUUCUUGGCUUCAAAGUUACUAGCAAUCGAAUAAUGAUGGGCGAAAUUCAGCGCAUUGAAGAUUAAUUAUAGAAAAGGAAAUGCAGUUGUAUUGUUCAGCAAUCACUGUACAGGGUGGGUUGGGUUUUGUACAUUUUUUCUUUUUUUUUUUGCUUAAUUAGAGGUUAAUUUUUAUAUUUUCACAUGUAUUUUUUUCGGGCAUCGUGUUGCAGUCCCAUUUGUGAGUUUGUAGGGUUAGUUGAAUUUGUAGCUUGGCACUUUAGAAGCCAGUCUAGAAUAGGUGAACAUAACUUUUUUUUUUUGAAUAUUAGAAAUGACAAUAAAAUGAAUAAAAUGUAAUACUAAUUAUGUUUUA